AUGCCCUCACAUCCAGCUGGUAGCGUAGUAUCCCCCCAAUACCCCCAAACCCACGGCAAAACUGGGAGCCCUCCUGAGACUUGUUGGUCACAAACUCGAGAGUGCACCCAAACUUCCUGUACUCAUUCGCAAACCACUCGAGCAGCAGCAUAUCCUCCUGCACCUCCAGCUCAGCAUUCGUUGCAGCAUCCCGGAAAUUAUUCUGGUCGGCCGCUUGCUCCUUGGUCAGUUGUGGGGUUCUUGAGUAUUUUCGACUGCCCCCAUCUCCAGAACCUUCAUUGUGUCAUCCACCCCGAAAACAUAUUUGCCUGUGUCCUGACUAAUCUCCUCAAAGUACUUCCCGAUCAGGCGCUUCUCCUGUAUGAACUUGACGUUCGAAAGGAUCUCAGCCGAGAGCUCAAUCGCCUGAUUGAACCCAUUCUCCCCACCGUACGAAACGUCCACCACAUUCAGAAUCUUGGCCUGCAGUCGAGGGUCAAACAUGUCCGACUGGCUCAGCUCAGUCUUGAAGUCGGCCGAGCCAGCAAGGAUGAGCCCCGCCACAUUGGGCUGGCUCGUCUGGGCAUUGAUGUAGAAUUGAGUCGCCAGCUCAGCAGUCUUCCUCACGUAGUUGUGGCGCUUCUCCAUUCUCAACCGGGCAAAACGCAAGGCCGACUGGCCCCCACGCCCGUGCUUCUUAGGCAGGUCGACGGUGAACUUGUGCAAGAUUUCACGCGUGUUGCCACUCAAGGUACCAAAGAGGGUGCCAUUGCCAUCCAUGAUAAUGAAACCGAACUUGUCGUCCGAUUCCAACAGCUCGUUCAGGGCUUCGGUGUGGAACUUGUUGUCACAAAGGUAGAGGGACGAGUUUAUGGCGCGAAAGGGCUCGAAAUCGAAGGUGACUUUUUUUUCCUUCCCUUCUUCAGUGACAAUAGUGCCCGUGUAGAGGACAAGGCCGUUGGGAGGGACUUUGCUGUAGAGCUUGAGGCGCUGCUGGGCAGAGGUGAUUGCGCCGAGGACCGACUGGCGGUUGACUCGGCUCUUGAUGCGGUUCCGUAUUCGUCACCGAGCAUCUUUGCCACACGAGCAAUCUGGUCGCGAGGGGGCAUUAUGAGGGAGAUCAUGCUUGUCCCGUUUCCAUGGGCAGCCUCGAGUGCCUUGAUCAGCUUCUUGAUCUUCCAUAUCUCGAUGUUCUUGUCGGUUUCUUGCCCGUCUGCCAUUUUUUAG